AUGAUCAAUAAAAGAUAUUGUACGAUGACGAUGGAGGCGUCGUCGAAUAGUCAAAGUGGAUCAUCAACGUCAGCAUCAUUAUCAUUACAGUUAUCUGUUGAACAGUGGGAAUUACUGCGCCGUUUACGCAAUAGUCAUCUUACAAAAACACAAAUCAUUCGAGCUUAUGAUGAACUCGAUCGACUUGAUCGUGAACUUGGAAGUUUGUUUAAUACUGCACCAGCUCCUCCUCCUCUGCCGUCAUCAGCAUCGUCUCAUUCCUUCCAGUUUUCAUCUUCGUCAACGAUUGUGCCUUCAACUGAUCCGGUCUCACCCUCUACAGCUAACUCUCAACAAACAUCUCCACCCUCAAUUACAAAUAAUAACAAACGAUCACAUAGUCAAAUUGCUAAUGGAUUAGCACCAACCCGACCAACGAAUGGUUAUCAUUCAUCACAUAUUCACCAUCCAGCAUCGUCGCAUGCUAAUAUACGAACAACAAAGUCUAGUAUUAAUGAAACUAAUUCGACGACAUCGAAUCACAAUGAAACAAUAACGCAAGCUGAUCUCGAAGAAGAAGCUCGAGAACUACAAGAAUUACUUGCAAAAGGUGACGUGGCAAUUCAUAAUGAAAUAUCUGUGUUCGUCUACCGUUAUGAUCUCAAACAAUCACAGAUCGCUCGAAUGGCAGCGGUUAAUCAAGCUUAUGUAUCGAAAUUUUUGCGUGGCGACUUGUUUGAUUUAUCCGAAAAUGGCCGUAUGGCAAUAUGUCGAUGGUACAUACGAUACAAGAAGAUUGUUCAAUCAAUGGGUGGUACACAGCCAUCGAGUGAAUUACUUGCAAGUUUAACAUCAUCAUGCGAACCGCCAACGAAAACGGCACGUUUGAGCGAAUCUCAAUCCAGCAAUAAUUUGUCACCUGUUUCAUUCGAUGCACCGAAACGUACCCGAUUUACUUUUCGACCUGAGCAUCUCGACAUCCUGGAAAAAGCUUUUAUUGAUAAUCCAUAUCCUGAUCCACGUCGGCGCGAAGACAUAGCUCGUGUUUGCAAUGAAGCACGAACUCGUACCGAUGGAGCAAACGAAGUAUUAAACGAACGUGAUCGUGUCACCGAUGCCAUCGUUACACAUUGGUUUCAAAACAAACGAAAAAUGGCUAAAAGUCAACGAGCAUCUAUUCAAGAAGAGUCUAUUCCAUUAACUUUAGGAUCUAAUGGAAAUAAUCAUUCAUCAAAUAUGUUAAUCAGUGAUUAUGAAAAUACGAAUGGCGGUGAUGAUGAUCUGCACACGCAUCAUCAACAGCAGAAAUUGAACAUCCCACUUCUAGAUAUUGACUGUUUCGAUACUCCUGCAUCAUUAUUGGAUCCUCAAAUGGCUGCAUAUCGAGCAAUCAUGAGUCGUAUGGUUCCAUUUGCGAAUAAUAUCAAUGGAAACGGUUCACCGCGACGAUUUGUCAAACAGGAACCGAUUUUAAAUCAAGAUGAAUCGAAUCAGAGUGAUGCUUCUAAUUCCCAAUCGCCAUUAAAUGAUCAUUUAUCACCGUGA